AUCGAAUAAAAUAAAUCAACCUGUUUGCACUAUAUAUAAACCAUGAGGAAGUUAGUUGUUUGUACAUCAUAUUUUAUAAAUCCAUAUAUACUUAUUCUUCAUUCAAAUGGCCGACUCAUCAAUCCCUCUUUGCCCUCCACAUGCUUUAGCGCAAACACAAGAAGACUUAAAGUACUUAUAUGCAUCAAAUACUAAUGUUUCUAACUUUGUCUCUGUGAAGCUUUCCAGUGAUCGCAAUUAUCAUCUUUGGGAGACACAGAUGUUUUGCCUCCUGGAGACUUACAAUCUGCAUGGCAUUGUAGACGCUACAUUUAUCCAUCCAAGAACUUUGAACCCAGAGAUCGAGAAACAAUAUAACAGUCUUGUCAAAGGUUGGAUCUUUGGUUCAAUCAGCGAAGAGCUACUUGGCACUGUUGUCGAUCUUGGUUCAGCAAAAGAGGUUUGGGAGAAGCUGAAAUCGUUCUAUGAUCCAGCUAUGAUAAUUUCUCAUCAAGCUAAAGACAUAGAUAGAGUUCCAACAGAAAGAGAAACUGAAGACGCAGAUAUUGUUUCAGCAGAAACAGAAGCUCCAAACAAAGAUAGGGUUCCAACAGAAACAACAAAAGAUAUCGAUAUGGAUUCACUAGAAACAGAAACAGACGACAAAAGCAAUGUUCCAAUUGAGACAAAAAUAGAAGAAAAAGAAACACUUCGAACAGAAACAAAACCUCAAGACAUAAUUUUAACAGAUAUACAAAUAAAAGUUGAAGACCCAAAAAGCGAAGGCAAAAACAAGAUCACACGCAACAAGGAGUUGCUUAAGGCUAUUGUGCAAGGGAGAUGGUGGGAAGUAGAAUCAACACUAAAAGAAGAUAAAGCCGCAGCCACAGAGGCAAUAAACAGUGAUGGCAACACAGUGCUUCAUAUAGCUGUUGGAAUAGGUCGUAACAUUCUGGUCAAUGAAAUAUUAUCUUUAAUAGAACCCGGACAAUUACCUUAUAUUGUAAAUUUAGAUGGAAGCACUGCCCUUCACAUUGCAGCAAUCGUUGGCAACACAGAAGCAGCAACGCUCUUGAUUAAAAAAGACAGAAGUUUGUUGGAAAUUGAAGACAAUAAAUAUGAAACACCUUUGCAUAAAGCUUUUCAAAAUAUGCAUCUUGACACCAUCGAAUAUUUGUUGAAAGCUGUGAAUGAUGAUGGGAAACCCACGAAACAAUCUUCUACUUUAGAGGAUUCUGUUAGCCCUGGUGUGAAAGUAGGCGUUAACCUUCUUGUUAAUGCUGUUUCUGCAAAGCAGUAUGAUUUAGCAACAAAGUUAGUCAAAAAGUUUCCAAAAUUUGCUGUGGAAAAUGAUAAUGUACUGCUGGCAAUAGCUAAAACUUUUCCCAUGGGGCUGGACUACUGGGAAACACUUAUAUAUCCAAUUAAGGAUAAUAUCUAUGAAAGGAUAGUAAGGAGAAGUUGGGAAUUGGUUGAAAUAUUACAAGAUUACUAUGAAGCUGUAACCGAACUCAUACAGGAUAUAGCUGAUGACAUGAUUCUUAUUAUACCACUCAUACUACUCUUCAUCUUUGGUGGUCCAGUAUUGAUGUUUAUUUUGAUCUAUCGAUUCAUUCGCCUCUUCAUAUUGAUAGUUUAUUUCCCAUUCUUUAUGUUUUAUUUCCUCUUGUGGAACGUUGCUACAAAAGUAGUUGCACCCAUUAAGCAUAUCCAUAAGAAAAAGAAGGAAUGGGUAGAAGGAAAAGAAGUUCUAAAAUUAGUAUGUGAUGAAAUAGACAAGUCGGAGCUCCCUGAUGCUCACCCUCGCUAUUACACAAACCCGAUUCUUGAGGCUGCACGUCAAAACGCUUAUGAGGUUGUUGAUGAGAUUUUAAUGAGAUGCCCCGAAGCAAUUCGGUAUAAAGAUAAAAGUGGGUAUGACAUCAUACAGUUAGCAGUAAUACACCGUUCAGAAAAAAUCUACAACCUUAUCAAUAUCAUUGGGGAGCGUAGGAGUGUUUACAGAAUGAUCGAAGAUUCUUCUAAGAAUAAUAUGUUGCACUUGGCUGGAAGAUUAGCUCCUUCGCAUAAACUAAAGCUUAGAACCGGUGCAGCAUUACAACUACAAAGAGAGCUUCAAUGGCGUGAGGAAGUGAAGAAGCUCGUAUUUCCAUCAUACAUUACCAGAGAGAAUAUAUUUAUGGAGACACCUGAUAUGGUGUUCACAAAGGAACAUGCCAACUUGGUAAAGGAGGGAGAAAAGUGGAUGAAAGCCGUAGCCGAAUCAUGCAGCAUCACUGCAGCAUUAAUUACCACAAUUGUAUUUGCAGCAGCAAUUACUGUACCAGGUGGAAGCGAUCAAACUACAGGCACACCAUUGUUUACAGGCCACCCUGCGUUCGCUUUGUUUGCUUUAUCAGACGCCAUCUCCUUAUUUGCAUCAAUUGCUUCGUUUGGUACUCUUCAAAUUCCCCUCAUAGUAGAUCUGUUUCGAUCGACAUACGAGACCCAAGAUGACUUGCAAAGUGAUUUGAAUGAUGAAAUCCUCAUAAGGAUGGAGAAUAAAGUUGUAAAACAUGUUAACGCCUAA